GUUUUUUUCUACACCUUUACUCACUGUGCUUCUCAAAGGAAAAAGAAAAAGAAAAGAAAACGGGGAAAAAACGUAAAGCUAACGCCUUCUCUGUAUCACACACUAUCAGUCUAUCACUCACUCUAAACAUGUCAUUGUACCUUUUUAUCUUACUUAAAAAUUCAAAAGUCUCGCCUUUUUCACACUCUCCCCUCCUUUUUCUCUCUGCCUUCUUUAAGUUCAAAACUCUGCUUCAUUCACGCAGCUCCCACUUAACUCCCCUUCACUAUUCUCAUCAACAACGCCACCUACCAUUGAAGGCUGCAUUUGAUCUUUUUGCAUUGUGUGCUCUAUCAGCUGUUUAAUUGCCUUUUCUCUUCUUUAGCACCCGAGCAAAAAGAAGUAAUCUUUUGUUGAGCUAUGAAAGAAAGAGGCAAAGCUGUGGAGGUGUUUAAUGAUGAUCAAGAAUACUAUACUUCUUCAUAUUAUGAUCUUCCAUGCAAGAAACACCCGUCUUCUUCUUCAGUUGGUAUAUGUGCUUAUUGUCUUAAAGAUCGUUUGGUUAAGCUUGUUUGUUCAGAUUGUGGAGAACAAAGGCUUUCUUCUUGUUCUUGUUCUGAGAUCUCUUCUAAUCGCAAUUCUUGCACUGUUGAAGUCGGCAGUGUUGGCCGCAUCUCAUUCUUGAUUGAAAAUGAUAAUCAAAGAAAUGAAGGUAACUCUUCUUCUUCUUCUCAAUUCCAGUCACAGGCAAAUUCUAAUAAACCUAAAAUUUGUAGAGAGAAAACAACAGAUGAUGUUUUCUUGCUCAAAAGAAGCAGCAGUAGUUGUGUUGAGAUCAAGAGAAAAAGUGGGUUUUGGAGGAUAGGGAAGUUGUUUAGCAAGAAAAGAGAAAAGGGUAAUAAUGAUAAUAACAAUAAUAAUAAUAAUUGUGAGAGAAGUAGUGUUGGUGGGUUUGAAGAAAAAAGUGAUCUUUGGGUUGUUGAUUAUAUGGGUGUAUCCAGAUCAAGGUCUUUAUGUAGUUUCAGAGGAGGUGGAUUUUUUGGGUCAGAAGAUGGUACUUUUUCAGGUGCUAGAAGUUCUAUGUCAGCUGCUAGAAGUUCAAUCUCAGCUGCUAGAAAUUCUGGUGUCAAUGGUGGUUUACUUUUCGAUCCUGAUAGAAAAAGUGGCUUCAGUGAAGCAGAGCCAAGAAAAAGUGGGUAUGAUGGUGAAAAGAAAGAUACUGUGUUAGAUCCGGAAAAGCUUGAUUCUUGUUAUGGAACAAAUAAUCCCAGAAGAGUGUUUUCACUUAAAGAAGGCAAUUUCACUACAAUAGAUGAUUCUGGCUUUAUAGACUUGAAAUUCGAUUUCCCAUCGUCAGAUUCCAAAUCAGAUUUACCUUAUAUAGUGAAGAUGGGUGGUGGUGGUGCUUUGUCGGAUUCAAUCUCCGCUUUUGGUAGCAUGAGAGGAGGCGACUUCCUUGCACAGGAUCAUUACAGCGACGGCCUGUUUAGUAAUGGAGGUUCAUGUAGGAUUACAGUUAGUGAUAGAGGGAUCAAAAGGAGCAGGAAAAGUUUCAAGAGUUGGAGAUGGAUUUUCAGACCCAAUCAUCCAAAUGCAAAGAAGAAAGAAGAAGAUCAAGAAGACAUUGUGGUGUCAAACCACACUUAACUUAGAACAAAGAAUCUCAUUACUGUGCUUCAUUUUGUGUAUUUUCUAUGUGUAUUUUGGUCACAAUUCCAUCUAUGGUUUAAAUUCUGUAGUUGUUUUGAUCAAGUUAAUUAAAAACACAAGUAUCUAACAAGUA